CGUGGAUGAUCGAGCAUGACUAAUAUGAGUUAAUGACGGUUUGAUGAUCCGGCUGCGCAAGCAUAUCACAGGGCUAACGGGAGCUUUUCUCUCCCAUCCCGCCUCCCCUAUACUCUGGCAACAAUUCUCCUUCGCCCCCAAUCUAAGCCCGAAGGCAUUUCUUCUGCUGCUUUCUCUAUCCAUCCAUCCAUCCAUCCAUCCAUUCCUGCAUGCAUUCAUCGCUCGCAGGUACGAAAACGGCCUUUCACACAUCUUUGCAGCUCGGACCACCAGCAAAGGCGCAAAGCACACCCAAGUCCAGUUCAUUUCAACCUUCCAGACGUACGGACUCGGAGAAGUGCGGACUCGGGACGGUGGCUGACUCGUCGGUCCAUUUCGAGUACGUUGUCGCGGCU